UCGCUGGGCCCGCGCCGGCGCCUCCCCCAUGCUGCUUGGAGCGUCCUGGCUGUGCGCGUCCAAGGCGGCAGCCACCGCAGCUCGGGGAGAGGGCGACGACAGGCAGGGUGAGCAGCAGAGAGGGGACCAGGCGAGGACUGAAGAGGAUAUGGACGAGUCAUCGCUGCUGGAUUUGUUGGAAUGCUCUGUGUGCCUGGAGCGCCUGGACACCACUGCCAAGGUGUUGCCAUGCCAGCACACCUUCUGCCGACGCUGUCUGGAGAGCAUCGUGUGCUCGCGCCACGAGCUACGCUGUCCCGAGUGCCGCAUCCUGGUGGGCUGCGGGGUGGACGAGCUGCCCGCCAACAUACUGCUAGUGCGCCUGCUGGAUGGCAUCCGCCAGAGGCCCCGCACAGGCGCCAGCCCUGGGAGCAGCCCUCCUGCGCGCCCGGGGCCGGGUACGUUCCCAGCGUUGGCAGGCGGUGCUGGAGGGGCGACAGGCAGUCCCCCGCGUUCUCCCGUCUUUCUCUCAGCGGCAGCAGGCAGCUCUACCUCCAGUUUGUGCGACGCGGCGACUAAUAGGAGCGUGCCUGUGGCUAAGGUAAGAAGGUACCCCAAUGACAUGGCGCCACUGUGUGGGAAUGUGUAUGCUUGUGCGCACGUGGAUGUGCGAGUAGUUGUGAUUAGAAGAAGAGGCUAGCCG